AUGAGUCUUUGCCAAUAUCACCUAACAGACUACAAUUCGAAAGCUUCGAGACGCUGGAAGCAACUGGAAAAGGCAUUCUCCGGUUCCUUUCGCGGUCAAUCCUCCAACCUCGCAAUCGACAUGGCCUAUGGGUUGCGUCGUGCCGGAGAGAAGCUCAAGAUCAUUUCCAAAAUGAACCGUUGGACACGGAAUCAGGACGAGGAGCAGAGUGCAGAAGUCAAAUCCUCCAGACGAUGCCAUCUUCUUGAAUUGCCCACCGAGCUGCUUCUAGAAAUCAUUUCGCACCUACCAGUCUUGCCUGAGGCUUGCCUGGCCCUCACAUGUAAACGCAUGUAUGCCAUAUCCGCUACCAUUCUAGAUUCAAAAUCCCUCCACUUCAACCGAGACUUCGCGCCGUUGUUCCACCACUACCGAAAUGGACAUAACUUUGUGACACCGCGUUGGCAGUUCGUCAACCUGCUCGAAACCAGCAAAUGGCGCGCCUGUUCCAAAUGUCUGAAGCUUCAUCCGCGGAGCUCGUUUCCGUCGAGAGAGCUGAAGAGAAAGCCCGAGGAGAGAGCUUGCAACCUAGGCUCUCUUGGCGGCAUCGUCGACCUGUGCCCAUGCAAGAAGCUGACUUUCGCCGACAAGUUAGACCUAAUCAAUCUGCUCAAAAUGCGCCGGAAUUCGGUGGCAAUCUUAGAAGCCCAGUUCGGAACCGGGGUCCAACAGCGCUUCUGCUGGCACUCUUGCACUGAGAAUUACGGCACGACGCAGUUGAAAGUCGACAUAUUCCCCGAGCUGGGCGAGGCGGAUCAACUCAUGAUUAAAACCGAAUAUCAUUUAUCUACGGGGUCCGGGCAGCUUGGCAAAGAAGAAUACAUGACGCCGCGGUUUGGAUGCGCCCAUCGAUCCGUCGACUUGUGGCUGUCCAGCGUCUGCCAGACCACUAUUUGUCGCCAGUACGACAGCUUCUGUACCUCAUGCAAACGAAUCUCUGUCUGCAACACCUGCAAUUCCACCCUAAAAUGCCCUCGCAAACAACCGCUACGGAUCGAUCAGGGGUCUGAGCAAGCUACAUACUAUUUCUGGACCGAACGAUGUCUCGGGGGCGCAUCUUCCAUCCCCGAUCAGACGUGGGCGGCACAACGGAUUCAUCCUGCGGAGAACCUGAUCGAUGUGGAUAACUGCAGUGAACUCUGUCCGUGGACUGUCCGCGAGCACCCACCCCACAUCAAUGCCCCAAACCUGGACAUGAAUCUCCUCAAUGGCGGCAUUCAAGACCAGUCGAUGAAUCAGCUGACUCGCAGAGUGCAAGAGGCUCAUGGGCAUCAUCUGCAUCCUGGGGCGAUGAACUAUUCAGCACAUAACGGCCAGUAUCCCUCGCAGUACCUGCAGCAGCCCCCCAAUCUCCCGCCGCACCAGCAGACCAUUCAACCGCAGCAGCUACUGUAUAACAAUGCCCCCUCAACACCGUCGCCAUACGCCUAUGGCAAGCCUAUGGUCUAUCCCCAGGUUAUGAUCCCGACAUACUCGCCUUAUGCGCAGUCAUACGGUCAACAGUCCCAACAGCCUCCCUCUCAACCCCAACCGCCGCCGCAACCACCGCCUCCGCAGCAGCAGCAGCAGCAACCGCAACAAACGCCGUCACAGCCACCGCAAUAUGUGAAUCCGUCCGAUAUCUUCCAGCAGCCUCUUCCGCCAAUCUCAUCCUCAUUCUCUUCACGCACACCCUCUCAGUAUGGAGGUCAACCGGCAGUUUCCGCUCCCAGUAGCACCCAUUCCCCCGCGCUUUCGACUGCUGCCGUUGCACCCCAACCAACCACCCAUUCACCAGCACUCUCCGCCGCUGCUACACCCCAAUCAACGUACCAAACCGCUCCUAGUGCUGCUCCCAAUGAGAGCCAGGCCAGUAAACCGUUUGGAAAUGCCACUCAGCCUCCGUCCAACCCCCCGACAGCAGCCCGACCUAACCCUAUUGCCGCAACUCCCCCAGCGCCGUCGCCAAAACCCAUUCCUCAGGUGUUGAUUCCGGCUCCCUCGCCGGACGUGCAACAAAAGAUGCAGCAAAAGCCGGCCCCGAAGAAACAAAUGUCACGCCCUGCGGCCUCGCAACCUGCACAGAAGCCGGCGAAGUCGGCCAUAGAUUACCAGGUAUUGUUGCUGGCCAUGGCCGACGAAUAUCUCAACGCAGCCCACGGUCACGGGACAACGGUCGCAUUGAUGAGACGUGAGAUGGAGGUGGAUGAAUAUUAUAAAUUAGUUGCCUCCGGUCUCGCUUGUCUGGAGGCUGUGCUCAAGAAUUGGAGGUUGCAGCCGCGCGUCGAAGCCCUCGUUCGACUUCGGUACUCACGAAUACUGUUUGAAGAGACGGAAAACGACCUUGAGGCAGAGACCGCUUUGAGUAAAGGGAUUGAUUUAUGUGAACGGAAUCGCAUGUUAGACCUCAAGUAUAGUAUGCAGCAUCUUUUGGCACGGAUGCUGCACAAGACCAACCCGAAAGCUUCCUUUAAAGCCGUGGAUGGGAUGAUUCAGGACGUAGAAGCGUAUCGCCAUUCUGCCUGGGAGUACGCGUUCCGCUUUCUCCGAGUGUCUCUCUCGUUGUCUUCUCUUUCCCAUCAAGAUUCGGUCUCGGCAAUGCAGCAUCUCCAUAAGAUUGCCAACAUGGCCAAUCGCAAUGGCGACAAAGCUGUUUCCUCGAUGGCAGCCGUAAUCGAGGCCUUGGCCCACUUGCAACAGGGGACCAGUUUCGACUCCAUCGAGCAGGCGCAACGUGCCGUGGCCAUAGCACGAAGCCAUCAACUCAACGACGAGCUGCGCCAAAUACCACAAUUGACGACACUGGUGCAAAUGGUCGACAUUUGCUGCAGCCUUCUCGAAUAUGAUAUCAACCAAUCCUCUCAUAAGCUGAAGAUCCUGCAAGACAUGAUGGAUGAGAGGUUAAACGAUCCCAACUGGCGGGCUGACGGGUCAUUUUCUAUUCCCUUGAACGGCAAAUCGGCGGGCCCCUCUUCUAUCGACACGGGCGAUAUUCUUCAGGUUCAAAACGGCACGCUACUUUUGAGCUUUAACUGGCUCCCACAGCAUGACCUCUACGCGCUUUGCUAUUUCCUCAGUUCUGUGACUCUGAGCUGCAAGAACUCAUACGAUGGUCGCAAAGCCGAAAAGUUCCUCCAAGAAGGAAUACGCAUGAUUCAAGGGAGUUUCAAAUCGCCACAGGAUAUCACCGAGUCAAUGGUCAACGCCAAUAGACGCGUUGAAUGGCGCCGAACCUUGUAUUGCAACCUGCUUCUCCAGCAGGUAUUCCUCGCGUGUAGUCGUACGGACUGGGACCUAGCGAGCAAGACGCUGAACGAGCUACGGCAAGAAGCACACAAGCUGGGCGAGGGUCUUCCCAACACAAUCCAAUGCUUGAUAGAGUACGCGGGCGGCACGAUCGCCCAAGCCACUGGGGAUUUGCAGACCGCUCUUGGAUCCUUCCAGUCACCGUCCCUCUCCCUUGCAUCGUUCCCAAGCAAGGCCGCACGCAACGACCCUUGUCGCGACAUUGCCAUCCUCGCCUCUCUCAACACCGUUCUUAUCAUUCGCGAGCCCACCCACCCCUCUCACUUCCAACUCCCGACCAUCCUGUCCACUGUGGAGUCAUUCUGCAAGGGCAGCCCCAACAAGUACAUCCAAGCCGCUUACUAUCUCGUCUGCGCAACCGUUCAAACCGACUCUACCAUUCAGACGAAACAGUUCCUGCAACAGGCCCUGCAAUCCGCCACGGCUAUCAGCAACAGCCAGAUCACCUGCAUGACGCUCACCUUCAUGAGCUGGAAGUACUUCCGCGGUGUGGUCGGCGAGCAGGCCGAGAAGAGCGCCCGUGCUGGUCGCGCCAUGGCAAAGAAAGCCAACGACCGACUCUGGGUCAGCGUCACCGACGAAAUGCUAGCCGAGACCCUCGAACGACAAGGCAAGAACGAGGAAGCAAAGGGAGUCCGUGAAGAAGGCCAUCGCGUGAUGAUGGGAUUACCGUCGGCCUUGAAAAGAUCCACUUGA